AAUUUUCCUCCCUGCCGCGCUGCAGACAAACGUUGACAUCUUGACAACAACACAUUGCAGCUUCGCUGCGAGAGACGCAUCAAACAUGCGCUGAGCGUUGUAAAGUCAGCACCGCCUCAUCUGCCAGGUGGCUUCAUAUGCGUAGCAUCUUGUGGUCGAUACUACUGGUAAGCUCCCCUCUGCCUUCACAUCGGCCUCCCCCAAAACGUCACUUGUCACCCUGAUGAUACACUCCUUUAUUUUACUUUUUCUGGUACCUCUUAUAUCAUCGGGCCUUCGGGCCCGAAAUGUAUUAAACGGACUUCUGAUCUCACAAGUUCAUCCUUCUCCAACUUGGCACUCGAACUUCUCAAUGAUGGGGCACACCGCUAAUCAUCAUACAAUAAUAGGACUCCAUCCCAGCCCUCUUCGACUCCAUGUCUGUCCCAUACUAGUUUUCUCAGCCAACCCAGUGUUAUGAUGCUCGUGAUUGCCUGACUUGUCGCGUUCCCUUCACGGCGUAGUGAAUCGUACUGGAGUCUUGUGCUCAAUUGCUCAGCUCACAUAUCCUUUGGUCUCAUUAUAAUCACGAUGCGCCAGGCAGGACCUAGGAACGCUCACUCUGCAUA